CGAAAGGUGAAUGAAGUAUAUGAAAAAGUUAUUCGAAAAUUUGACACGUGAUCGUGGAACCCCCCAGAGCCAACGGGAUGACGAGGCAGGCGGCGACCGGAGACGGAGGGAGGAUGUCCCUGGACGUCAAGUCUCAGGCCCCCAAGACUGUGACAGCCAACGGUACAACGUCCACGGGGACCCAGGAGUGUGCUGGGUGCGGCAAACACAUCACUGAAAGGUUCCUACUGAAGGCUCUAGACCUGUACUGGCACGAGGACUGUCUCAAGUGUGGCUGUUGCGACUGUAGGUUGGGAGAGGUCGGCUCAACUCUGUACACAAAAGCGAACCUGAUCCUGUGCAAGAGGGACUACUUAAGGUUGUUCGGCAGCACCGGCUACUGUGCUGCAUGUUCAAAAGUGAUCCCGGCCUUCGAGAUGGUGAUGCGGGCGCGCAACAACGUGUAUCACCUUGAGUGUUUUGCCUGUCAACAAUGUAAUCACAGUGUUUUCAACAAAUAG